AUUCGUAGGUAACCUCUUCCAGUUUGUGAAACCAAAAUAACUUUUGUUUUACCCGUUAUUUAAAUAAACAUUCAAAAUGCCGUUCAUGAAAGGAAGAGCGCCUAUAAGACGCACAUUGAACUACUUAAAUGCCGGGAAGCUAGUCCUGAAAGACAAAAUUAAGGUGUUUUCAGUAGCCUACAACAUAACAGGCCAAAAUAAUGUAGGAACAAAAGAGUUCUGCUUUUGGUAUCUACCGCAAAUACAAUACAAAAAUCCAGACGUACAAAUAGUAACUUUAAAAAAUUUAACGCCUUCCCCUUUCAUAAAAUGCUAUCUUGACGAUGGAAGAAAAAUUUUAAUUGACGUAGACAAUAAAUCGAAAGAAGAUAUCUUAGAACAUUUACUACAUACUGUAGGGAAAUCAAAAGAAACAUUAGAUUUGGAAUUGUUAAAGGCUGAGAAAAAGGAUAACCCUGCAAAUUUUGGUGUUGGAUGUGAUAGAUCGUGCAUGUGUGAAGUUUUCGGGCAGGUGCCCUGCUCUGGUGUUGUGCCAUUACCGAAAUUCAUGAGAGGAAAAUAUAAGAAUCAAACUGAUUAAAUAAAAUUAAUUGGCCAUUCAAUAACAUGUCUGUGUGAUUUGUUUUCUAGUUAUGCAGAUCGUAGGAAAGUAGUUGUAGUUGUCCAUGGUCAGCCUGUCAUCAAUUGAUUGCAAGCAUAGGGUCUACGUGCUUCUAGUCUCUAUGACGUGUAUGAUAACACACUCAUGACACAUGAUAAUUCACUGUUGUAUAUUAAGAGGAACUUGAAAUUGUUUCUCUGGAUUUACACACAGAUGAGUGUACCACAAAAUAAAACUGUUGGUUAAAUAUUCUUCUUUUUUUUAAAUAAAACAAAGAUAUAAUGUAUUAU